AUGGAGACUCGUGCUUCAAAGAAAAGGACAACCACCAAUCAACCACCGUCUGUCCUUGUUCCCAAAAGGCGGCGGGUUGUUUUGGAAGAAUUUCCAGAUCUCAAUGUUUCUCCUGGUUAUCAGCCUCUACAGAAACGCCAGUGUCGAAAAAACCCUAACCUCAGCAAAUCAGCAUCAACUUCAACCAUUUCUUUACUUCCUAAUUCCAAUUUGGAUAAGUCUCUUUGUAACAAAAGCAAUGCAAAACGUGAUCGUCGGCAGAUUAUUGAGCCUUACGUAUCCGAUAUCUCCCAUUAUCUUCACACAAUGGAGACUCAGGAAAAACGAAGACCAGCUGUUGAUUACAUGGAUAAUGUUCAGACAUGCAUUACUACAAACAUGAGGGGAGCAUUAGUUGAUUGGUUAGUUGAGGUUGCUGAUGAAUAUAAACUUCUCCCAGAAACCCUUCACCUAGCUGUUUCUUACAUUGACAGAUUCUUAUCUAUUGAAUCUGUUAAUAGAUCCAAGCUUCAGUUGCUUGGUGUUUCCGCUAUGCUCAUUGCAUCGAAGUAUGAAGAAAUUACUCCACCAAAAGCGGUGGAUUUCUGCCAAAUUACUGAUAACACAUAUGAACUGUCUGAGGUUUUAGAGAUGGAAGCCCACGUACUCAAGUCCCUAAAUUUUGAAAUGGGAAACCCUAAUGUCACAACUUUUUUAAAGAGGUUUGUUGCAAUUGCUUCUGAUAAUCGAAAGACUUCCAAUUUGCAGCUUCAAUAUUUGUGCAACUAUCUUUCUGACUUAAGCUUGCUUGAUUAUGAGUGUCUAAAAUUCUUGCCUUCUGUUGUGGCUGCCUCUGUUCUAUUUCUUGCCAAAUUUAUUAUCCGGCCUAGAGUACAUCCUUGGACCUUGUCCCUUUAUGAAUCACUGGGUUAUGAAUCUGAAGAUUUGGAAGAAUGUGUCACCAUUCUACAUGAUUUGUAUAUGUCAAGAAGGGCAGCAUCCUUGAAAGCUGUUCGCGACAAAUACAAGCAGAACAAGUUUAAAUGUGUAACAAACUUGCCUUCCCUUCCAGAGUUGCCAGCCUGUUAUUUUGAAGAAGUUCGUGGCUGA